UAAGAUGAGAAGGGGGAAGGUGGGCCCCAUCCUGGGGGCCGGCGAGGAGGAACUUCCUGCCCGCGCGCUCGCUCCUCGGCUGGGAGGCGGGAGGCGCGGCAAGGUCAGCCUGGCCUGGGGUGGCAGCCUGUCUAGGAGUGGGAGACCCUCCUGGGGAGCUGCGCCGCGGCCUUCGAGCGCCUCAGCCAUAUUGAAUAGCCAAGGCUGAGCCGCCUUUGUCUAAGAAGUCCUCUCUCAAGUUCCAGGCGCAUCCGUGGAACAGGAAGAACCACCGGACAGCCCCGUGCGCCCGCAGUUGGAGCCGGGACACCGCGUCUGCAACUUGCAGUGGGCUGGGAGCCUCAGAACUGACCUCACCCCGGCUCACGUAAGGAUCCUGGAAAUUGAUUCUCACUAAUCCUUAGCGGGGAGCGGAUCGAGACCGGACUUGUAGAGAAAAGUGGGAGGUGAGACUCUCCGGGCAGCGCUGCAGGGAGAGCAACCUACCCCCACCCCCACGCCCUGCCCCCGCCCAAGACUCGAGGCUACGAGUAGUUUGGGCUCAUUGCCCCCAGCCCAGAUUUCACCCUGGAGAUCUUAAAGACGCUCGAGAAAAGCCAUGUGGGGGGCUGGUUCCCCUGGGGCUUCCUCCCGUCCCCCGACUGCCUCAUCCUUUGGAGCGUCCCGGACGUCUGCAAAGACGUUGAUCUGGACGUCCUCGUGGAAGCCCUGAAGCCCGUGGGGACCUUUAAGAAAAUCGGCAAGGUGUUCCGCCGGGAGGAGGACUCCACGGUGGGGAUGCUGCAGAUUGGGGAAGACGUGGACUAUCUGCUCAUCCCCCGCGAGGUCCGGCUGGCCGGAGGCGUCUGGAGGGUCAUCUCCAAGCCGGCCACCAAGGAGGCGGAAUUUCGGGAACGGCUGAUCCAGUUUCUGGAAGAAGAAGGCCGCACCCUGGAGGACGUGGCCCGCAUCAUCGAGAAGAGCACCCCGCAUCCACCCCAGCCCCCCAGAAAGCCUAAGGAGCCCCGAGUGAGGAGGAGAGUCCAGCAGAUGGUGACCCCACCCCCGCGGCUGGUCGUGGGCACGUACGACAGCAGUAACGCCAGCGACAGCGAGUUCAGCGACUUCGAGACUUCCAGGAACAAGGCUGACAAGGGCCGCAAAGGCGCCGGCAGUGGCAGGAAGGUGCGCAAAAUGCCCGUCAGUUACCUGGGUAGCAAGUUCCUCGGGAGCGACCUGGAGAGCGAGGAUGAUGAGGAACUGGUGGAGGCCUUCCUCCGGCGAGGGGAGAAGAAAGCCAGCGCACCGCCUCCCCGCCGACGGGUGAACCUGCCCGUGCCCAUGUUUGACGACAGCCCGGGGCCCCAGCAGUCCAAAGCGGACAGGUGGCGGGAGUGUGUCAGCCAGGUGUCCUGGGGGAAGCUGAAGCGGAGGGUGAAGGGCUGGGCACCGAAGUCCAGCCCCGGGGUGGGCGAGGCCAGGCAGGCCUCUACCAGGGUGGAGAGGGACAGCGCAUCGGUGCCAGGCAGCGCCAGCCUGGGGUGUAACGUGGGAAAUGCACGAGAUGGGCGGGUGCCUGAGACCCCCCCAAGGCGAUGGAGGCCCCAGAUCAACUGGGCUUCCUUCAGACGUCGCAGGAGGGAGGAAACAGCAUCCAGAGCUCAUGGGGAAGAGGCUGCAGAUGAGCAGAGGGUGGAGGCUGUAAAUAAUCAGAGGGGGGAAGCCAUAGAUAAUCAGAGGGUGGAGGCUAUAGAUAAUCAGAGGGUGGAGGCUGUAGGUAAUCAGAGGGGGGAGGCAGUAGAUAAUCAGAGAGCAGGGCCCAUAGCUGUCCAGGAGGCAGAGGCUGUGGAUAAUCAGAGAGCAGAUGCCCUGGCUGUCCCAGGAGCAGAGGCCAUACCUGUCCAAGGGGUAGAGGCCCUGGACAAUCAGAGGGCAGAGGCCCCGGCUGACCAGAGGGCAGAAGCUGCAGAGGAUCCGAGGGCAGAGGUCCUGGUUGUCCAGGGAGCAGAGGCCGGACCUGAUGGGGUAGAAGCUGGAUCGGUCCAGAGGGCAGAAGCUGCCUGUAAUCAGAGGGCCGAGACCCCGGCUGUCCAGGAGGCUGAAUCCUCAGCUGCCGCAAGGGCCACAGGGGCCACCGCAGGAGCUCGAACCCGGAAACCAGUCAAGACAGUGAGGUUCCAGACCCCCGGACGUUUUUCAUGGUUUCGGAAGCGCCAGAGAGCCUUCUGGCACACUCCCCGGUUGCCCACGCUACCCAAGAGAGUCCCCAGGGCAGGCGAGGCCAGGAGCCUCAGGGUCCUGCGGGCCGAGGCCAGAGCAGGGGCAGACCAUGAAGAGCAAGAGGAUCAGCUGUGAGGCGAGGGCAGGGGGGGCCGCGGAGGACCCCAGCCGGCCACCGUGUGGGUCACUCACGGCCCGUCUCUGACUCUCCACACUUGAAAACGGAGGUAGAGUGAGGGCCCGGCAGUGCCUCUCACGUCUCUACCGAAUUCCCCUUUUUAUUAAAAUUAUAUUUUCUAUGCGUUGAUUUUUUUUUUUUUUUCUAUCUUUCUUUUUCUUUUUUCCCACAUGGCUUGUGGGAUCUUAGUUUCCUGACCAGGGAUUGAACCCAGGUCUCCCCAGUGGUGAAAGCGCUGCGUCCUAACCACUGGACUGCCGGGGAAUUCCCUACGCAUUGAUUUUUUUUAAUAUAGAGAGACUCUUUAUAGUAACCCAAGGAAUGUAAUGAAAGAAACCCAUACAAUGGAGUUGCAUCCCCCAUGAUUUUAACUUCCUCAAAUGCAACUCGAGGUGCUCAGCUGGAAAAGGGAGCGAAGCAAAGGAGAAAUCCCUUCCUCUUUCCCCUUUUCUUCCCCCUUUUGCCCGCACACUUUCACUCACUGCCUCCUGGAACUGGAAAAGAGGGCGCAGGUCAACAUGCAAAUAAAAAUAUUUACCAACUUA